GAGGAGCUGCUGAACUUGGCCAUUUAAGAGUGGGUAAAAGAUGGAGUGGAUUUACACUUGGCACAAGGUAUUUCCAAGUUCAUGAUUGUCUCAAUUUACAAUAAAUAUGAACAAGAAAGUAAGCCUGCUAUUCUCGUUUAAGGCAUCCUUUUGCUACACAGAUAUUAAUCAGAUUAGUUAUUCAAAUAAGAUUGUGCUGCAGCAGGGCAGCCCAGUGGUUAGUGUCAGGGUGCAUACAUCUCUGUUGUUGAAGUGACCUUGAGCAACACACUGAACCCUGGCUUCUCCUGAGGCGUUUCUCCUGCUGACCAUGCCCUCUGACCCCCUCAGCUUGUGGAUAUGCAAAGAAUUUCUAAUUACUACUGUAUGCAUGGAGUGCCCUAAAUUCCUGUGUCAAACUGUGCUGCCUUGUGCACCUUAAAACACAUCACGCCUCAGCUUCAGCCUCCUGUCGCUCUGCACACCAAACCGGAGCCGAGCUGCUCAGGUUUAUCAGGGUAACACAUCUGUUCUACACAUCGUUUUCAUUUUUAGCUUUUUGUGGGUUCCCAAAUUUGACUUGUCGAGUGUGUUGCGAGGCCUGGCUGUGUGGAAAAUCCAAACACACAUUCACACUUUUUUUUUUCUUGAAUGCGCAGAGCCUGCAUUCUUCCUAUCAGCUCAGCCUUUAACAAAAACGAUUUUAUAGCUUUAUUUUUUUUUCUCUCCAAUCAUUUUAAUUUCUUUACAGCCAUUGCACUUUAAUUGCAUUCACUGAAAAUAACACAAGAAUUUUCCAUAGCUAAUAAUGCCUCUUUCUUCUCUUUGCACUUGUGUGGAUACAAAGGUCAUUUUUGUGCUUUGAAAUAGUUCAACUUUCAGGUCAUUUCUUGGUUUGAUUUGUGUCUCCCUCCUUCUACAGUAUGAAUGGUGCACAGUGCUCCACUGAUAUGUAGCCUCAAUAGCUUUGCCUUAUUUUAUACUUCAUUUAUAGACAUACAUUGAAUUCAAGUCUGGCUUUAGUUUGCCCAUGACACAUUACAUGCUUUUAAUCAAAUGUACUGAAUAGACUUGGGAUUCAGUUAAUAACAAAUAGGAACAGCUGCUUUAAAAGAAUUAAAAAAGACAUGAUAGCAGCAUGAUUAGCGUUACUGUCAGUGUCAAUUACGAAUUAUUUCUUUAUCACGAUUGCCUUUUUUUAUACGAGCUACUGGCCUGCACUGUGAGAUAGAUCAUGAAUACUUUUUAGACAAAAUACUGCAUAUGAACUGAUGAAUCCUUGGUUUAAUCCUCUCAUUUCUUCCCUUUCCUCCAUGUUAAUCAGUGUUUCCUUGGCUUGGCCUGCAUGCCUUGUGAUGCUACCUAUCAUUAAGCCAAACCAGAAAUACAGGUCUGAGAUAAUCUGUACUGGCUCAGUAGCUUUGCAGUGUGUCCAUUAUGCUGCUUGUAUAGUUCUCUCUUACUCUCACACAAAGAAAACACAUAACUAAAAGGAACAUGAUAUAUUUUUAUGCCAUUGAUAUUACUAUGAAAAGGAAACAGUAUUUUAUAAUCAAUAAUAACAUCUGAAAAUUUAUUCAGAAAUGUUUUAUGAUCAUUAACUAUGUUGGCUUUUUACUUUGGACAUUAAGUAACACAUUCAAUGUUUCAAAUACUAUAAGGUGAUACUUUGUUUAUUAGUUAUGUUAUUUAUUGUGUUAUGCACAUACAAGUGCCCAGCCAACAAGACACCAAAAAUACUGUUUUUGUGACAAACAUUUGUCAGACAUGAACAUAACUUCUUCCAUACAGCAUUACAUUGCAAACAAAUAAAAUCUGCCCCCCGAAAAAUAUUCCCUUCCUAAAAACAGCUGUUUUUUUAGAAUCAUAAAUCCAAAAGAAAUCAUCAUGAAUGAAGGACAUUUUAAUUUAAAAAAAAAUGCAGCCCUUAAAUCCCCACACAAUGAACAAUAAAACAUGAAAUGGACUUCAUCUUUGAUCUCACCUAAAACACAUAACAAACAAAACAUUUUCUCUUCGGAGAGACAGUUAAACCUGUCUGUUUCUAUAAUGUACUGGUAAAUGACCUGAGCAUAACUGCACACAGAGAUCUUUGACGUUUAGUUAAAGCCUGCCUCACAUAAGGCUCUACUAAUGAAUUCCUGCAAUUUUUGUACAUAGUCCCUCCAUGUUCUAAUGCAAAACUGUAUUCAGUAAAGUAAGAAUUUAAUUCUGUAAAAUUAUCUACAUGCAAACUUUGUCGUGAACAUUACAAAUCAGUUGACUUUGUACUGCCAGGCGCUCCUCUCAAACUCUCUGAAUUUCAGCCCACAGUAUCUCCAUAAGGAUUUGAGUGUAGCUUCACUAGGCUCUGGAUUACUUUGAAGCAGUAGGGGGUACACAGUGUAAGUCGGAGCAAGUAAGAGUCUGAAUUAUCAAUCCACACUACAAAUUAUCAUGUUCCUGCUACAGAGGCUUGUGCACGUGUGGCAUGGGGGGUUUAUUUUUUCUCCUCACUUGUCUUUUUAUUACACUGUAUGGUAAAAUUAGAGGAGGAAAAAAACCCAACGUAAAUUGUUCUUGACAAAGACAGCAGAAGGAACAUGCCCACAGAUUUAGCCUCUAAAAAGCCUCAUCAGUUCAUGUACAUUUGGUUAAAGUUUAAAUAUAGAGAAAUAAACACACAUUCUUUGUGUCAGUGCCAUUAUACAACUAGAUCUUAUACCCCGACAGAGCUACAGGGUAUAAAAUAAAACAGCCUUUCUGUCCUUUAGCUUUCCCACUUUUCCCUGUUUGUGUCCCUUUUCCUCCUGCUCAUUGACUCUGCCUGCAAGGUGCUUUUAGCGGGCCUUGUGUGGCCGGGUUAGAGAUGGAUGUGUGGCCCUUGGGAGCCGCAGGCAGAGAGCAACACUGAUCAUGUCAGACAGGCUGGGGAGGCUGCAUAAGAUCAUCAUCACCCAGUAGUGGAGUGAAUCGCCGCAGUGGCACUUUCACACAACCUCUGACCUCCGGGGUAACCUCUGAGGUCAUGAUCAAGGUCAGGGGUCAGCGAGGGCCUCUGUGAUCAGGCAGCUCGCAGGCCCCUACUGCCGCUUCCUCCUCUUUUUCUCUCUACGUUCUCUCCCUCCAUUUUUGUCUUGCUCUUUCCUUUCUCUUUCCCUCGUCUUCUAUCUGUUUCUCUAUCGCUCACACUCUCUUUCACUGGCCGGGACCAAUUGAGACAUCCCAUCCCCUGGGAGUGCAAAAGGGAAAGCAAGAGAAAAUCAAUAGGGGAGAUGAGUGAAGACCUGGGGGUCCCAUCAAAAACUGAAUGCUUCUGUCUGUGCUGCAGGACACCGCGCCCUGGGCCAAGGUGUUUACACAACCUAAACGUGCCUGGGAGGCCGACCGGCAGGCAGCAGGCCUCACAAAAGCUCCAUUCAAAGGCACCCAAAAAGGCCAAGAUGAAGUUGGCAGGAGGCUCCAACAUCAUCGCUAUGUUUGAGCAGAACCAGAUCCAGGAGUUCAAACAGGAGUUCACACUCAUGGACCAGAACAGAGAUGGUUUCAUUGAUAAGAGCGACCUGAGGGACAUCUUUGCUCAUUUGGGUCGGCUUUACGUUGGUAAUGAUGAGCUCGAUGAGAUGAUGAAGGAGCGUUCAGGACUCAACUUCACUUUAUUCCUAAACAUGUUCGGAGAAAACCCUCAAAGGUCAGUCAGCAUUUUAUAGUCUUUAUUUUCAAAUUCAGAGUUUCAGUGUUUUUUCUUUUCUUUUACGUUCCAGAAAUACUUAAUACUGAAAUUUGAUUUCUGUUUUUGAGAAAUGUGUAUAUUUGCAAUUUUAUUUAAUCUAUUAUCAGUUUUGUAUUUAGAUUUUUCAUGUGUGCAUUGCUGAAAAUUAAGUCACAUGUACACACACAGAUAAUAAUCACACAUUCACAGUAUCUAAUUUAAGUAGUUGGGGUUUUUCUCCUAUACUACACUACAACUGCAACAUGGCUUUGACUGGGAUCCCUAAUCUAAAAUUAAUAUUUAAAUAUUUGUUUAUACUUUGGUUUGUGUUAUUGUUUUAAGUGAACUUGAUCAUUUAUUCAUGCAUAAUUUCAGUCAAGGCUUUAAGUUUUGCUUUUAUUGUCUCCCAAAGGUAAAACUUGUCUUGAACUAUGAAGGAAUUUCUGCAUAAAAAAACAUGAAUGAACUAGAUUUUCUUAUCAACUAAUCUUGGUGUAGUCCUUAUUUCAUACUCAGCAUCAAAAUAUAAAAUUUUAGCAUUUGCCACAAAAACAAUACUAAGAAAAGCCAGAAAAGAAAAGCCAAUACUGAAGUAUCAUAUGAAACUGAGAGAGUGUGCAUCAUGUCUGCGCAGAUGAACAGUUGUUACUCGCAGCUUUACCUGUGUUUUGUCGGGAACUGACCCAGAGGAGAUGAUUCUCAAUGCCUUCAAGGUAUUUGACCCGGAAGGAACAGGAGUCCUCAGGGGCGCGGAGUGAGUGUGUGAUUUUCUUCACCGUUCUGCACAGACACAGAAAUCACUCUGUGGCUUGUGAUGCCUCUCACAGGAAUUCAUCACUCGGAUAACUAUGAAUUAGUUUGUACAGUACAAAAACGUAAAUCAUUAACAAAGUUCCCGCAUGCAGACAAUGCAUAUCUUGUUCCGUGAAAUACAGAUGACAGUUCAUUCAAAGUCAAAGAGAUGGAAACAGUAAUUCUUCCUCUCCUGCAGGAUGAAAUAUCACCUCGCGUCACAGGUUGACAAGUUUACAGAGGAUGAGGUGAGUUGUUGCUUGGCAACAAGGUGAAAUACUGGACGUAUCAAUAUGAGAUAUGUGAUUCAAAGGUACGGGCGGUGGCAAUGCCGUUGAACAAUUUGAAGGUGAGCGUUGAUGAAUACCCAGAAUCUGAGGCAAUUUAAUUUGAUUUAAACCCCUUAACUACCAGCUACAGCUUAUUACAAAGAUCCCUCUCAGCUCUCUUCCAGACCCCCUCUUCAGUAACACUGCUACUCAUAACCUUCAUGGCCCCUGGCUAGAGACACAGUAAUCUCAUUUGUACAGCAACAGAUGUUUCUCUUAAAAACAUCCGUUGACUGGGGAGUGAAAAGUCUGCCUCUCAUUCUCUCCAGGGAUCAAAGAGACUGGUCUAAUCGCUAUGAAAUCUGUCACAUUUGUACUGGUUUGAAGAGACAUAUUGACUUACAGUACGCUUACUAUGUUGUGAAACGUAAACGCUCUCCUUCUCCGUCCCUCUCACGAAGCCGACACAUAUUUCAUGAGGAAGCUUUCGUGCUCUGUACAUCAAAAGGCCGCACAGAGGAGGGGAAAAGAGAGAGAGGAAAAUACAUAUGAAACAACAAAACCCCCAAGACAAAUAAACAGCACAGCGUUCCCAUGGCAGCACGGUGCAGUAAUCUGACGGCUGGUUUCCCAUGGCUGUGUCUCACUGCCCCAUAGACCUCCACUCUGUCUCACUGAUGGCUCCUGUGAUUGCAAUCAUCCAUCUUACUGUCAAAGGCAAAAAAGGGGAAGAAAGGGGAAAUCACACACACCAUCUCUCUCUCUCGCUCCCUUGUGUCCAGCAAACAAGCCACCCUACUGUGAGCAGAGCCGACACAUGGACCACAGGCCCUCUGCUUAGGGUGUGUGUGUGUGUCCAUGCUUAUAUGAUCUACAGAGAAAACAUGUGUGGGUGUGCAUCUUUGGUUGUCUGUGCCUGCCCAUUAUACUGCAUGAUCAGUCACUGGAGUGUACACGGGGGAGCGGUGGACAUGUCUGAUCUUGCAGCUGAUCAAAAGCACCAGAGACUUGUUCCCUUGUGGCCGUUGCAAGCGGGCCUCAUAUCAACAUGUCUCUGUUCAGUAGACAGGAAAAACAAGAGGAGAGAAACAGGCAGAGGAGGGGGAGGAGGGGAGGGGUACAUCAGGAGAAAGACAGAAACAGGCAGGCAAAGCACAGAUGAAAGGGUGCAUAAAGAGGCCAGAGUGGAAUAUAUGACAAUGAUACAUAACCGCACUUAUCUCCCUGUUCUGAUGAGCUAUUUUAAUGGCAAAAGCCACCUCUGUAUUUGUCUGUAGAUGUAAUAGCAGGUGUGAUCCUUUUCUGCAAACCUGACAGUGCUCCUCAUCAUAAAAGCUGUGGAUUUAAAAAAAAAAGAAAAAGUGCAAUAAACCCUUUACCUCUUUGCUUAAAGGUAAUUCAGAUGUUUACAAACUUCCAUCUGUAAGUCGCCAGUAACCUUGACUACAAGAACGUGUGUUAUUUGAUCACCCACAGAGAGGACAAAGAGUAGUAGUAAGAGGAGGGGAAGAAACAGAAGGAUGAAAAGAAGAGGAAGAAGAGGAGCAGCAGCAAAGCUUCUGUCU